CUGGCUGGAGUACUUUAAAAAUUACUACAAAUAUAUGUUACCACUAUAGCUCCUCCUCCUUCUCACCAACAAACUUUCCUCUUGUUCUUCCUUUCUAUGGUUCUUCUCUCUCCAGUAUCUUUCAUUUCCUAGGUAAUUAGCCCCUAAUCUAGCUAAUCAACCCAUGGAUAAACGUCGGAGGAAGCAGCUGAAGACUACCCACAAUAACUGUAGUAAUUGCUCUCAAGGUGCAGAGGUGAGCAGCAUUGAGUGGGAAGUCAUAAACAUGACCGAACAAGAGGAAGACAUGAUUUACAGAAUGCAUAAGCUUGUUGGGGACAGGUGGGGGUUGAUAGCCGGGCGAAUUCCGGGCCGGAAAGCUGAAGAAAUCGAAAGAUUUUGGUUAAUGAGCCAUAGCCAAGUUUUUGCCAGCAAACGUAGAGCCCAAUUGAACAAGCCCCGUUAAUUAAUCUUGCUAAAGCCUUUUUAUGGUGGGAGAAUCUCUCUCUCUCUCUCUCUCUCUCUCUCUCUCUCUCUCUGUUGGGCUUACCCAUUUUCCCCACAACAAGUGCUUUUGUUAGUGUACUGUAUACAUGAGACUUCCUAAUUUCAUUUCUCUCUCGAGAGAGAUCUCUAUA